CUACCCAAAACUAAACCGAUCGACAACCCCAAAGCGUGUCUGUCGUCUUCCCUAAUUAACUCUGCAAUAACAACAGAGACUAUGCUUUCUUAAUAUCCCUCUUCUCCAAUCAUGCGCUCGUAUUCUCUCAAUCUUCCUCAGUCAAGGCUUCUACAUCCUUCAAUUCGAUUCAAUCGACCAGCCAUCAAUACCUUCUUAUCAAAUCAUCAUUCUCGUUCGCUUUUGUGCUUCAAGCUAUUGGGAUCUAGAGUUCAGAGAUAUGGACAUUGUUCUACAAAGGACAGAUUUGUUGUUCUUUGCACCAUGGAUUGGGAUUCUGUGUCUAGUUUUUCGCUAGAUGAUAGAGUUGACAGUGACGGGUCUAUCGGAUACGCGUUUUCAUCAAGUGAAGGGGAAGAAAGUGACGGAGAUAUCAUACUGAAUCCAAUCACUGAUGUUGACAUUCCAACAUCAAGUGACCGGUUUCAUAAACCUGAUGACGCAUUAACAACAACUGCUUACGAGCUCAGAAUGAUUGGUAAAUCUCAGAAGAGAAACAGGAUUAAAUAUGGAAUGAUCAUCAACAUAGGGCUCGUUACUUUUCUGACGGUUUUUCUACUACUUCUGGAUUCACAUGCAUGGCGAAUAGUGAGACUUCCGUUACCGCCAUUUCACUUGAUAUGCCCGUUUACAGCCUCGGCAGUUUUAGUCUCGUUUGCUGGUUAUAUUUGUGUUCCGUUAUUUCGUAUUUCGAGGAUGCAGAUGAUUAUCAGCAAAUGGCCAGCUAGACACUCGUAUAAGAAAGGAACGACUACAAUGGGUGGAUUGUUUCUUAUACCGAUCGGUGUAGGUGUUGCUGAAGUAUUAGUUGGCUUUUCUUCUAUAGAAGUUGCAGGGGCAUCUAUAGCCACUUUAGCAUUUGCCACAAUUGGGCUAGUAGAUGAUUUCUUAUGUCUUGUGAAAAGGAGAAGGAUUGGGUUAUCUCAGUGGGUUAGAAUUCUGUUGGAGGUAGCUGUUGGAACAUCGUUCUAUUUUUGGUUAUGUGCGAGGAAUAUAGCAUCACCAUACAGCAUAAAAAUGGUGGUGCCUCUACCUCUACCAUUGGGGCUGGUGUGCAUGGGAGGUUCUUACGUAUUAUUAACUUCAUUUUGUUUUGUCUCGAUGGCAAACGGAAUGGAGUUAACCGACGGUCUCGAUGGAUUAGCUGGCGGAACUGCCGCACUUGCAUUCAUCGGAAUGUCCAUUGCAGUUCUUCCAAUAUGUUCAGAUCUUGCUGUGUUUGGAGCAUCAAUGGCAGGAGCCUGUGUUGGUUUUCUUUUCCAUAACCGGUAUAAGGCUUCUGUGUUUAUGGGUGAUACUGGAACUUUGGCAUUGGGUGGGGCCCUCGCUGCAAUGGCUGCUUCUACUGGAAUGUUCUUUCCGUUACUUAUUUCAUCUGGUGUCAUUGUAUUGGAAGCGUUAUCCGUUUUGUUGCAGGUAUCAUACUUCAAGACAACAAAACACAUGCACGGAAUUGGGCGACGUUUGUUCAGGAUGGUUCCAUUGCAUUACCAUCUUGAAUCAUGUGGGAUAAAGGAACCCGUGAUAGUUGCAGGUGCAUAUGUUAUUUCAUGCAUAUUGAUGCUUUAUGCUGGAUAUGUGGGUCUUAUAUCAGUAUAGUGUCAUAUAACUUCAUUUCUCUCGUUCCUAUCGUUAUACAGUAUGCCCAGAUUGGUGCAUAAGGUUAUAGAGUUUUUCAAUGUCAAGGUAGCUCGAAUCUCUGUUUUUGACUUCUAACUGGUGGUAAUAUGAUCUUGAGGGGUUCUAGUGGCUAUCUAUGACUAUUGGGUAUUUUGUUAUUAUGAAGAAAUAUGAGAGCUGUAUAUUUUUGGGGAGGCUUAGAUA